GUCAAGACCCUUAUCAUUUGCCGGGAGUGGCAGAUGGAAUUGCGUUUAGCACCCAAAAAGAAAAAUUUAUUCCGGCCAUUAAAGAAGGAGUUUUUUUAGUUAAUACGGCUCUGACGGUUAGAGACGGUCAAGCCCUUUCCCAUAUGGAUUGGUGA